GGGUGGUUAUUUCACAAGGCCUAGUUCCAAUGUAGGAGGAGCUUUAACUAAAGACUUGUUAGUGCAAAAUUUGAAAAAUGGGGUUUACAAAAAUAUCAUUAUCAUGUGUGGUGCUGGGAUAUCUACUGCUGCUGGAAUCCCUGAUUUUCGCUCACCAUCAGCAGGAUUGUAUUUUAAAUUGAAAAAAUACGACCUACCUUAUCCAGAAGCAGUUUUUGAUGGAGAUUAUUUCAGACAAAAUCCUUUGCCAUUCUACAGCUUGUGUAGAGAGCUGUAUCCGGAGGUACUCACUCCAACAACUACACACAAGUUCUUUACAUUGUUGAGGGAUAAACAUCUUCUUCGUCGUGUCUACACACAAAAUAUUGAUGCUCUUGAAAUUCUUGGUGGACUGAACAAGAAAGAGGUUAUAGAAGCUCAUGGCAGUUUUCAAAGGAGUUAUUGUACAAGUCAAAAGUGUGGAAAGGAAUACGACCUUCAGUGGUUGAAAAAGGAGAUGUUUACCCCGGAGAAGAAUGAUGGCGUACCAAAAUGUGAAGACUGUCAGUCCGUAGUCAGGCCGGAUAUUGUGCUAUUUGGAGAACAACUUCCCAGUAGAUUUCACAGCAGCAUAUCAUCUGACUUUUCUGCAUGUGAUUUACUGAUUGUACUUGGAACUUCUCUAGCGGUCAGUCCAUUUAAUACACUAGUUGGUAGGACGAAACCUGGAGUUCCGAGGGUCUAUAUCAACAAGACAAAGCCUGGUAAAGUCGAAGGUAUAGUUGGGUGGAUGCUAGCAUUAUCUGCAAAUGUCGACUUUUCUCGCGAUGAGGACCUAUUCUUGCAAGGUUUUUGUGAUGAUAUUGUUGCAGAUAUCUGCUCUGCAGCAGGUAUGAGUGAAGAACUCGAGAACAUCCAGGUUCAGUCGAUGAAGUAGUGUCUUCAUCGCGUAAAUAGCAUUGUUUUAGGUUUAUUAAUAUAAUCAAGUUUACAUUUUUGCAAAAGUAAGUUUUGUUGUUAAAUUGAGAA